CGCCAUCAUACACGUUAGCCUCUGCAAGAGUAACUCUGGUGGCAAAGGAGCUCCACUCUUCGCCUGGGUCUCCACGGCAAGAACGUAACCAUGAGGAAAGUUUGGUUAGCUGUCCUUGUGCUGUUGUACCUGGACUUCUCAAAGAGGGUCGCCACCGUCCCGAUCUGUUCCUUCGGGCAGGCUGAAUGCAGUGUCCCUUCCCUGGCAGAUCUCUUUGAGAGAGUCAUACAACAGUCUUCGAGAAUGCACGGCAUCUCCAGUGACCUGCACUCUGAAUUUGAGCAUCAUUCCUUUCCCCACAAGAACUUCAUAGGAAAACGGAGGUGCCACACACACAGCAUACGAACACCAGAUGACAAAGAGAACGCUCAGCGGCUAGGGCGAGAACAACUGACAGAGGUGAUUCUGAGGCUGCUGGGGGCGUGGAGUGACCCCCUGUCACAACUCUACUGGAGCAUGAAUCAGGACUUCAACCACCACAGCUACAACAAGGCACUGGAGAUCACUGACAUGGUGCAGGAGCUGAGGGACGGAGUGGCAAAAAUGGCUGAGAAGAUGAAGCUGGAGGGAGUGCUUGGCAACACUGUGGGUUACGUCCCUCCGGAGAGUUUGGCCCCGACUUUCGCCCUUUCUUUCUACAAAGGAGGGAAACAUGACUCAGUGGAUCAUCACGACCUACUCUACUGCUUCCGCAGGGACUCCAACAAAGUCAAAAAUUAUCUCCGCAUCCUGAAAUGCACCACCCUUCCCGGACUGCACUGCUGAUAGUGAGAUCAAAAUUUGGUUCGAAAAAAGUAGAUAAAGGUCUUUCUCAUUUGCAUUUUACUACACCUUUUGUUUUUACUGUGUGCGUUUGUCCCCAAUGCUUUUCAUGUGUGCGUUUACUACGGUCUGUCUGCUGCAUUCCUGAUGCUAUAGCUUGUUUAACAAUAGAGCUGUGAGCAUAAAAGUGUAAAAAAAAAUAAAUAAAUGUAUCUUCAUUAUCAUUUUUGGCCAACUUCUUGUUCAUGGGAUAACAUAUUUAUAGAAACUAUG